GUCGACGGAGCAGUAUGUUCAUCAUGGUGCUCAUUUUCGCGGUUUUUUAUUCACGACUGCUGAUGCACGUGGCUAAUGGACCACCACUGGAUGUUUUUCAGCAAUUUUUGUGCGUUUCCGUCGCCUCUGGUGCAUCGCUUAUAAGCUGUCUUGUUUGGAAUAAGCCGGUUCCGCUCAGGUAGAUUUUCUCCGCUCGCAUUCCCAGACCCACGCCUCCAUCCCAUCGCCAAAGAAGAAGAAGAGGCUUAACAAAAUGGGAGAAGAAGAAGAAGAAGGAAAAGAAGAAGAAGAAGAAGAGACUAAAAUCGCUACCAGGGGCUUGCCGAUUCUUUAGAACAACUCCACCUGUCGGCCAGGUAAAAGCUCGACGAAAGAAAGCUCAACAACAUACUGGGAAGCGUACGAACCGCCUGCCUUUGCCAGUCAGUGUCCAACUACGGACCGGUGGAGACACGCUCUCUUCUUCUUCUCCUCCUCCCAACUUCUUGAUUCAUUUCACCUGCUGAUACCAAGCACCUUAUUUCCCCCUCCCAAUAUCUGAUAAUAUUCCUCUUAUUCCUUCCGGAUUUUUCCAAGUCAUUUGAGCAAAAGAAGAAGAGAGGAUCGAUAUCAUUCACUCGCCUACAACGGAUGGAUUCGUAGACGUCUACGCCAAAGCCAAAAGUGAGCGAGUCCAGUGGAUAUAAUUCAAUCGUUGCGGCUCUUCUUCUCCUUGGCCCAAAAGAUUUUUCGCCGUCCUGGUGUGCCGGAAACGACCUCCACUGUUUGAACUUUGGUCACGCCAAAGACGAGGGGUUGACCACUUGGAGAUCUUGCAUCACCGACCACCACCACCACCACACACGAGCGCGCUAGCGUAUCCAAAAACCCAGGGACGCCUUCUAUUCAAUCGCGAUCAAGUACCUCGACGUGUUAGCACCGAUUCGAACCAGUUAACAAGAAGGAAUGAUGGCGGCCGGAGUGCGGUGGUGCAUCUUGGUGACGGUGACCCUGAAUUGGCUCACGAUCGCACCUCUAAACGCAGGACCCGUGUCAAUCAACCCAGCAAUUUCACCGUUCGGGAGGAACAUCCGACCCAUCACGUGCAAAUCUAAAACAGGUCAGCUGGGGACGUGCAUGUUUGCCAUGGAUUGCACGAGGAUGAACGGCCAGCAUUUAGGCACCUGCAUCGACCGUUUCUAUUUCGGUUCGUGUUGCGCUCCGUCGGAUGAUGUGGCCUUCCCGGCCUUCCCAUCCGCCACGACCGAAGGAUUCAAUGGUGGAAACGAUUUGGGUUUCUCCUCUUCACUGCCAUCGGCUCCCGUGUCGCCCUUGCCGACGACGACGACAUCGCAACAUCCCAACAUUCUGACUGAUUUGACCACGAUGACGGCUUCUUCCGCCUUGCCGACAUUGGGCGUUACUCAAACGUCAUCCGCACCGGUAACCACAACUUCAACCGUAGCGUCUACCACCGUUGGCGAGGUGACAAACCCGACCUUGGCGCAGAUUUUGGCUUCCACUCCGCUGUCGACUCUUUUGGCAAAUCCGUCCAGCUCGACGGAAGCGGCGCAUACGACAGUACAGGCCAGCACACAGCAGCCCGCCAUAGGUACAGAUUCACCAUCCACAUCCUCAACUGUUGAGGAAACUACCAAUGCUACUACUAUUACUACUACUACUACACCUGCACCUACCACCACCAUUGCUGCUAUUAUUUUAGACAUUACCACCACCACCACUCUUAGUCCUACUACCACUCCCGAAAUUGGCACUACCACUGCUACUACCACAACCUUACCCAGCACGACGGUGUCGUUUGCAGCACCGCAGGCGGAGACAACCGCCGCCGCCGCUCCCACGCCUGGUUUAACCAAUCCAGCUGAACUAACAGCCGUUGGCAGCUCGUCGGCGUCACCCGUGUCGCCGGAAGAGUCUACCGCCACGGAUGAGCCGCAAGGGGACCAAGAGGAUGAACUCACUACCAUUGAACCUGUCACUGACUUGCCGUCCGUCUCGUUAGAGACCGAUGUGGAAACCGAAAUUCCAUCCAUCACCGAAGAAACGGUGGAAGUGACCACUGUCGGCGCGACGGAAGAAGAAGAAGAAGUGACCAAAACUGGACCGGAAUCAACAGAUGUUACCCAGGAAGAAGUUGUGACUGGUUCCAGCCUUGCAGUUCAAACCGAAACUCAGGCCCCGAUUACGACAACGACGGAGACGGCUGUCACUACUCCCGCCGCUGUUGUUGUUGUUGUUGCAGAAGCGGUUACCAAGAGUCCUGUUACUAGUCCAGCAAGUCCCUCAACCACUACAGCCGUCCCGGACACAACCACCGCAGCCGUCCCAGAGACAACCGCCACCGUCGUUGUGAGUACAAGUCCGUCGGUUGCGCCUGAAACUACUAUUUCGUUCACGACUGCAAGUCCGUCGGCUGCGCUGGAAACUACCAGUACGACUGCAAGUCCGACGACUGCAGCGGAGGCUACUACCCCAGCCCCGGCCAGUAGUUCGUCAUCUCCUGCAACAACAACUUUAGGGCCAUCCACUUCAAUCAUCUCGGAAGAGCCAUCCACCUCACAACCGGAAACGUCCGUCGCAACGACAGAAGGGGGGCCCAUCGUGGAAAUGACUGCGGAACCCGUUUCCAAUGAACCAACAACUACACCAGCUACCGUGUCGACGACCUUGGCCGAGCUGAAUGACACCAUUGAAGGACCGACUGUUCAAUUUCAGAAUUACCGCGAAGUUUGCGGCCGGCCCAAAUACCAAUACCCGUCUGCCAGGAUCGUCGGCGGUACAACAACUCAGUACGGCCAGUGGCCGUGGCAAGUUUCGCUUCGUCAAUGGAGAACGGCCACUUUCCUGCACAAGUGCGGCGCCGCUUUGCUCAACGAAAACUGGGCCAUCACUGCAGCUCACUGCGUCGACAAUGUGCAACCGGACGACUUGCUAUUGAGAAUGGGCGAAUACGAUCUGGCCACCGAUGAGGAAGAGUAUCCUUACAUUGAACGUAAAGUGCAGAUCGUCGCUUCUCAUCCGCAGUUCGAUUCACGCACCUUUGAAUACGAUCUCGCCCUACUUCGUUUCUACGACCCGGUCCGAUUCCAGCCCAACAUUGUCCCCAUUUGCUUGCCACCUCCAAGUGAAGUCGAUUUCGUUGGAAGAACGGCCUAUGUCACUGGCUGGGGACGCCUCUACGAAGAUGGACCUCUACCAUCAAAGAUGCAGCAGGUUUCCGUUCCUGUCAUUAACAACACUGACUGUGAGAACAUGUACCGACGGGCUGGCUACGUUGAACACAUUCCCAACAUCUUUAUCUGCGCAGGUUACGCGGAUGGCAAAAGGGACUCUUGCGAGGGUGACAGCGGCGGACCUAUGGUCAUUCAGGAAGAACAGUCUUGGGUGCUAGCCGGUGUGAUUUCUUGGGGUAUUGGGUGCGCUGAGGCCAAUCAACCCGGAGUCUACACCAGGAUUAGCGAGUUCCGUGAAUGGAUCGACAAAAUUAUCGUCUUUUAAAAGCCAACUGUAACGAACGGGAAGGGGGACAGGAUCAAUGGCCUCUUGUCAUCGCACCGCGUUCAACAAAUAAAUAAAAACAAAAUUCGACAACAUCGCCAACGACAAAGUUUGUCUUCCCGUCGUUGUUUUUUCCCCCCCAAGAAAUCUGCGUCUAGGGGAAAAAAAAUGACGGAAUAUAUACGACGCCCAGUGAUGGAUCGAGCCAGAUACAUCCGAAACCGUUAUGGUUGUUUCUCCCACAUUUUUGUUUAAAUUAUCUGCCUUUCCAGCAUUCCUUUCUGUUAUUUAUUAUUCAAUUCUUUUAUAUUUCGAGUUUCAUUCUCGCGACACUCUCUGUUCAUUCAUUCAUUCUAUUUCUUUUGUUGGUUUUUGUUUUCUCCCUUUUUCUGUUCCGUUCGAGGUGUGAAAGAAAUCAGUGGUGAGAACAACAGAAAACAGCCUUCACACGUUGUUUCACCCUUCGACACAUAAUUUUUCAGUUAACCCCUUAAACCUGAUCGACUCUGUCCAUCUUACGCUCCC